GAAGAAAGCAGCGGAAUGCAGCCUUAUAUGAGCAGAUGAUGCAACGACGGCAAGGCUAGAGUCCAGGGGAGAGCUGUGAACAACCACAGGAAGCUCUGCACUAAGAAUUCAGCCCAAUUUUCUGGAUUAUUUUUUACACAUCUAAAGGAGCUCAUGGGAGUGAUAGCUGAAGUUCACAGCAUCACAGAGCUGUGAGGUUGGAGAAUGUUUUAUCAAAAGGAGCAGCAUCUAGACUAAAAACUACAGGAAAUGCAGGCCUGGUGUCAUCAUCAUCUGGAAGUGGUGUGUAGUGGCUGAGGUGGGCUCCAGGGUGUGGUCGAGGCAGCAUGGGGCAGAUGUGCUAUGUGGGAAGACAGGAGCUCACCUGCCUGCUGUGGUUUUAGCCUCCUCCAGGGCUGCUGCUGGGGCAGGAACAGGAGGGUCCAACCGGAGACAUCACGACCGGAGGCCUUCCCUCACCCUCACAGACUCCCAGCAGAAGGCAACCGGAUCGGAACCAACCGACCCUGUUCACAGAAGUUCAGCUCUGGUGUGGGAACUCUGCCUCAGCUGGAGCCACCGGUGGUCCAGGUGGUGGUCAGCAAUGCCAAAAAUCAGCACCAGCAGUCGGACAACAUCCUGCCCCAAAUCGCCAACAAAGGGGGUCAGAACAACUAUCAGACGGACGAGAGACCGAAGCCAACACCGCAGUUUGCCAUGCGCUUCGGUGCAGCUAUGGAUAGAGUGUCCGUCUCCCGCAACAGCAAGAUCUUCAGCAACAAGCUGGAGAAAGAGAGAGCAUACGAGGGCCAGAGGUUACCCAUGUCGCCCAUAGAGGCGCUCAAGAACUUCCAGGACCGGCUGACGGAGUUUGAGCAGGAGGAGAUCAUGGACUAUGCAGAGAUCUGGUUCAUGGGUCUGGGCUCCCAGAAGAUCGAGGGUUCCCAGGGAGCGCCACAGAACUCCGGAUACGACGACGAGCAUGGGAGCUACAUCAGGGUGCUGCACGACCACAUUGCCUACAGGUUUGAAGUCCUCGAAGUGAUUGGAAAAGGCUCCUUUGGUCAGGUCCUGAAAUGUCUGGACCACAAGAACAACGAACUCGUAGCAAUUAAGAUGAUUCGCAAUAAGAAAAGGUUUCAUCACCAGGCUCUGGUGGAGCUGAAGAUCCUGGACGUCAUAAAGAGGAAAGACAAAGACAACCUCCACAACGUCAUCCACAUGAAGGAGUACUUCUACUUCCGGAAUCACCUCUGCAUCUCCUUUGAGCUGCUGGGAGUGAACUUGUACGAGCUGAUCAAAAAAAACAACUUCCAGGGCUUCAGUCUGGCUCUCAUCCGUCGGUUCGCUCAUGCUCUGCUCAGGUGCCUCCAGAUGCUCCACAGGGAGAAGAUCAUCCACUGUGACCUCAAGCCGGAGAACAUCCUGCUGUCUCAGAAAGGACCAGGGAACAUCAAGGUGGUCGACUUUGGAUCGAGCUGCUACGAACAACAACGAGUCUACACCUACAUCCAGAGUCGCUUCUACCGCUCCCCGGAGGUCAUCCUGGGUCACCCCUACAGCAUGGCCAUCGACAUGUGGAGUCUGGGCUGCAUCCUGGCCGAGCUCUACACCGGCUACCCGCUGUUCCCCGGAGAGAGCGAAGUGGAGCAGAUAGCUUGCAUAAUGGAGGUUCUUGGAAUGCCUCCAAAUGAUUUUGUCCAGUCGGCAUCAAGGAGGAGGUUGUUCUUUGACUCAAAAGGAAACCCGAGGAACAUCACAAACAGCAAGGGAAAGAAGCGCAGACCCAACUCCAAGGAGCUGUCAGCUGCACUGAAAACUAACGAUGCUCUGUUCCUGGAUUUCAUCAAAUGCUGCCUCACUUGGGAUCCAACUAAGCGUAUGACUCCUGAUGAGGGGCUUCAGCACGAGUGGAUCCUGGAAGGAAACUUCAACAAAGUCAGGCCCAGAACGAAGCCUCCAGUGAAGAAGACCUCUGACAGUUCGACCAACACAGACAAACAGACUAAGUCUGGGGAGAAGGUCGGCUCGGAAAGCAACGACAAGAUGAAGAGGGACAGUUCGGAAACGGGGACGAAGAUGGCCCCAGCCGAGCGUCUGCGGCCCAUCGGGGCCUCGGCGGAGGAGGAGGUGUGCGAAAGUGAGGGGAAGCAGCAGGAAUUCAACGGAGAGAGGCCUGUUCACAUCAUCAUCCAGCCCAAGGAGGACGUGGACAUGGAAAGGAACGACAGCCAGGAACCGAGCCAGUGUUUGCCUCCGAUCAUGUAACCGACGAGUUGUGAACUAAACGUUGCACUGGAUAAAAUGCCCCUGUCAAAGCAAGAAAAAGAACUUAUUUCAAGGAACUUUUACCUUGAAAUAAGUGAAAAAUCUGCCAAUAGAACAACUGAAAAAUGGUUUGGUAAGCUUUCUUGAAAUCAGAUAUGAUAUUUAGAAUAUUGAGAUCUUAAAAUUAGCCGGGAAAACUUAUUUUAAGCUCUAUCUCACCAGGAUUGUCAAGCUUAGGUGUCUUUAAAUAAGCCAGAUAUGCUAUAAAAAAAGAAGCAGUUUUUCACUCAAAAAUAGAUUUUUAUUUUCAUGUAACCUCCUAGUUUGAGAUGUAUUAACCCUCCUGCUGUCUUCAUUUACAUUGUUUCCUUGUCUAAAAAAAAAAUCCAACAAUUCAGCAAAAAAAUUCCCCAAAUUUCUGAAAAUUUGCAAAAUCUUCAGGAAGAAAAUUUCAAUAAUUCCUUCAAAGUUUCCCUUAAAAGUUUCAUUUGAAAAAAAAAUCCCCCAAAUUUGGCAAGAAAAUUCUUGUAAAUAUUUUCAAAAAAUGAGUAAAGAUCUUCCAAAAAAUCCUAAAAAUAUCUAAAAUGAUUACAAAAUGAUUACAUAUAUAUCAGUAAAACUUCUAAUAUUUUCUUUAAGAACGUUCACAUAAAAAUCCACCAAAAUCCAGCGAAAUUUGCUGAAUUUUGGUUGAUUUUUUGUGAAUGUUCUUAAGAAACAUUUUUAACAUUUAUUUUUUCCACCAAAAAAUGUUCAAAGAUUUCCAAAAAAUGUUGAAAAUGUGGACAUCAGAAGUUUCACUGUGAAAAUAUAUAUUUUUUUCCACAUUUUCAAACUUUAAAACGGGUCAAUUUUGACCUGCAGGACGACACGAGGGUUAAACUUAUUUUGAGUUUUCUUGUAAAAUUCAACUCAAAAUAAGUUAAUUUCAAGAUUGUUUGACUUAACAAGAUAUUUAAGAUGCAUUGUCUUAAAACAAGUCCCUCCAUCUGCUGAAAUGUCACUUGUUAAGUGAAUUUAUCUUAAAUCAAGUGGGAUGAGACAUUUUGACUAAAAAUAAGACAUAUAGACUUGGUAAGAUUUAGAGUUUUUGCAGUGUGAUGUAUGAGGGAGGCACACUGAUCAUCAGUAAGGUGGGGCAUCUUCUAUGUGUUGUUUUAGGUAUGCAGUCAUAGCAUUUUAUUUUUGUUCUGUAAAACUUUGAGUUUUUAUGACGGUGAAGUCGAUCAACCAGUUGUAUUUUUUUUACUGAAGUUAAGAUGCAGUUUUUUGGCAGGCAGAGACACCAAACUGAUGUUAGCUUCAAAGCACAGCGUUUAGUUUCUGCUCUGUAUUAUUUACUGGAUCCAAUCUUUGCUGUGCAUUGAAAGUCUCUGAUAAACAGGUUUUACAUCUCACAGUUUCCACAGUAAACAAAAACAUCGUAGCCGGUUUCAAAAAGUGCAUGAGUAGAAAACAAAGAUCAAACAUGUUAGCGCUUUUUAUGCUUUUCUUUUAGACAUUUUAGCCUAAUUUUACUUUGAUAAUGGUGAAAGAUUUGAUGUAUCGUGUGCAAUAAAGGCUGAGCCAAAUGUUGUUUUUUUAAACUUACGAUAAAGAAAUUAUUGUCAUGUACUUUUUAACUGUAGGAUGAAGUUGAUGACAUGCUGAUUAUUCAUUAUUUCACUUAUUUAUUGUGGGAUAUCCUGUGUUUCAUAUUUAUUUAACAAUUUAACUCAACUACCAAAAAAGUGUAUUUGUAAUAGAAUUUAUUGUAUAUAUUUCUGCUGUAAUUUCUUAUACAUGUGAACUACAGAACAUAUUUUAAGAAAAAUAUUUCAGAUACGUGUUGAGGAUUUAGACAAGGUUUUACUUGUUGUGUUGUUACUGUAUGAGAAUAUUUUGUAUGUCUGUGUUAUUCCUAAUAUUUUUUAUAUUAGACAGACAAUCCUGUUAUUGAUAGUUUGUGCCUUGCAGUAUUAGAAAUAUUGCACUUUAUUAUUGUGUGCGUACGCCCGGAUUGGAAAGCGUUACAUCCUCACCUGACAUGACUUCACACUCCCCCGCCAGGAUCCCUUUAUUUAACACAAACACAUCUCAUCUGAUGUUUGCAGAACAGAAUGAAACACAAAACGCGCUUUUAUAACCGAUUUGUUUUUUUUAGUCGCCAACAGAGCUCUGACUUAAACUGAAGAUAGAACUGUGUCCUCACUAUGUAUGUAUUAGAGAAGCAAGCAGAGAUCCCAGAGGGGUGGAUUGUAGCUGAAAUAUGAAGAGUCAAGAAAAGUCAUUUUUAUGUCUUUUAUCAUGAAAUUAAAAGUUGUUUCAAAGAC